GGCGGGGCUUGACGAAAUACGGGUGGGGGAAAAGAACCAACGCUGUCUCUAAUACGCUUUCACCCAGCUGUAAGUUUCAGAGGAUGUAUAAUCUCCGAAUUUAAGCAGAGUGAUGAAGAGUGAAGAAGAAGACGGGAUGGGGACCGUGACAGUGGAGGAGCUGCAGCACUGGGUGCGGGAGCAGGUGGAGAAGAAUGAGCAGCUGGUGCAGAGGCAGGCGCAGUUGGCGCAAGUGGAAGUAUGGGUGAAGCAGAAAGAGAGGGAGGCAGCAAACACCCAGCUGCUUUACGAUAAUGCCUACAAAUCGGUCCUUGAGUGCGAGUCUGUGAUUAAGGGUUUGUAUGAAAUGCUGGGACUGGAGUAUCAAGACACUGACUCGGAGGAAGAAGGAGGAGCCAAACCGAUAGAAAACGUCAUUCAACUCACAGAUGAUUUUGACUGCGGAGAUGAUGAGCCUGGUGAGCGGGAUGAUGACUAUGUUGUCUUCGAUUUGGGGGGUGCUGUUCCUGAAACAGCAGUGAAGGAGGAACUAAAGGAAGUUGGCUUGUCAGCAGGUAUAGAGUCUUUGGAAUUUUCUGGACAGACAUUGGCUGAGAAGGUGAAAAACACUAAAGCUGUUGACUCUCCAUCUGAAGAUAAACCACCAUCACCAUCAAUGACCAGGAAAAACAGAUCUUCAGACAACCCCUUACCAUCCGUAAAGACUUCAGGAAGCCCUGUUCCCAUUACUCCUCCAUUGACCUGUGAUUUUCUGACUCCGUCAUCAAUGCCUCAAAAAGAAAGUUCUUCUCCUGUUUCAUCAGGCCCAUUUAUACCCAUGAAUGAGACUGUUGAAACUCCUCCAUUGACCAUCAUUCCAAAUGUAUCUUCCAUAUCCACGAACAAUACUGACAGACUUGAAACGCCCAGUGAAACAUCUGCUUCUCCGAAACAGAAUGUUGAAACUCCGGCGCGACUUGUAGCAUCUACCCCAACACCUACACUCUCGGUGAAAUCUGUAGUUGCAUCCAAUUCUUCAAAAAUAGACUCAGUCAGCCAAAAAACUGCCUCUAAGAGCAAAAGCUCCAAAGCAACUGCAACCUCAGAUACCGCCAGUAAAACCGCAGCCAACGAAAAAGUCAAACAGGCCAGUCGCAAACCCAGGAGCAAACCUUCAAGCACCAGCACGCCAUCCAACACCAUAGUUAAAGCUGCACCCACAGAAAAAGCUAAGGUUAUCGACCCUAAACAAGGCGAUAAAGCUGAUAAAUCACCUACCUCCAGUCCUCAGUCUGGUACCACAGAUGCCACAGCUUCAGACAAGGCUGCCAAAAAACCUUCUAACAACCCACCUGAUUCUAGAGAAGUCGUCCAGACGGCACCAGUCACUCCGGUCACGCCGGUCAUACCUGCGACACCUGCUCGUGUUCAGCAAGAGGUGGAGCUGAAGGUCAACAUGAGUGUUCUUGGAAGGCGGAGGACUAAAACAUGGCACCAAGGCACAAUUUUAGACAUCAAAACAACUGAAUUUACUCCGAGGUAUAAGGUCCUGUUUGAUGGUGGUAAAGGAAAGAGUGUUUUAUCUGCUCAUCACCUGGCAUGUGUUGGCCCUCCUAUGCUGAAGGAUCUCUUUGUGGGCUGUCGAGUUGUAGCCAGCUACAAAGAAGACAACCAGUCUUGGCUCCAUGCUGCGGUUGUAGUAGAGAUGCCAGACCGCAAGAACCGUAUGAGGUUCUUGGUGUUUUUUGAUGACGGUCGUCCAGCCUACAUCUCCCUCCCAGACCUCCAUCUCGUCUGUAAGCCAAUGAAGAAUAUGUCUGAAGACAUAGAAGAUGAGGUGUGGCGUGCAGAACUAGAGGAAUAUCUGAAGGCGUAUCCAAACCCAGUCUUUGUGGUGAUGCGAGUGGGGCAGGAUAGCAUGGUGGAACGUAAUGGCAAAAUGGAUCCCUGCACUGUCACUCAGGUGGAUGGCAGUUUGAUCGAGGUCUGUUAUAAGAAUGAUCAGGAGAAGGAGUGGGUAUAUAAGGGAUCAAAUCGAUUGGAGCAAAUCCAAAAGAUCAAGAAGCGAAUGGCUGAGCAGAAAAAGGAUCAGCCUGUUAAAGCUGGAUGGACUGCACCUCAGAAGAACAUUAAACUACCCACAAGUACUACCACUGCCACCACCACCGACGCCAUCGCCACUCCGACCUCCUCAAUAACAGUUACCACAAAUAUCGAACCCUUAAAAAUCUCUACUGCUCCAAGUGUUUCCCAGAAUGUUUCCCCAGUCACAACAUCAUCAAGUGUGACAAAGACAUUUGCCAGUAUACAAAUGUCACAGCUGAGAGUUGUCCUGAACAGGAUCACCUUUCCUUCGCCACUGAAGACCAUGAAACCCGCCGCACAAACUGAGCCCACAGUAACCGCUUCACCUAACACAGGAAUUAAACGCCCCCCUUCUGAGGAAGAAGACGGCAGAGCACAGAACACUCUCGUCCCGGUUGUUGAGCCCCGGCUGAAGUAUGUACCUCAUCGCUGCUGCCCAGCUUGUCUGAAUCAUGUGAGACCGAUGCAAAAGGAUCAGCACCGUGGCCAGAAUCCACUGCUUAUCCCACUGCUCCAUGGCUUUCGCCGCAUGACUGCAAGAAGGCGUGUAGAUGGGAAGAUGUCUUUUCACGUCUUCUAUCGUGCUCCAUGUGGGCAGAGCUUGUGCGAGAUGGAAGAAGUGCAGGCUUUCCUGUUUGAGUCACGCUGUGAUUUCCUCUAUCUGGACAUGUUCUGCCUGGAUCCGUUUGUGCUGGUGAAAAGGGCCUUGCUUCCGUCUUCCAUGGCCAGCCGUCCUUACCUGGCCCUCCCAGACAUUUCAGGAGGAAAGGAGGUGGUGCCUGUGCCCUGUGUUAACGAACUUAACACUGUCUCUCCACCCCCUCUGACCUACAUCACACACAGGGUGCCUGCUCCUGGUGUCUUCAUCAACACUAACCUCGACUUCAUGGUGGGCUGUGACUGUACUGAUGGCUGCCGAGACAGGUCAAAGUGCUCCUGUUAUCAGAUGACCAUUGAGGCUACGUCGUUGUUCACCGGUGGUCCUGUGGAUGUCUCUGCCGGAUACACACACAAGCGAUUGCCCAGAUAUGUGCCCACUGGGGUGUACGAGUGUAACCCUCUGUGUCGCUGUGAUCCAUUUCUAUGUGGUAACAGACUGGUUCAGCAUGGCCUUCAACUGCGCCUGGAAGUUUUCAUGACUCAGCACAAAGGCUGGGGCUUGCGUUGCCUGGACGACGUGUCCAAGGGUACAUUCGUGUGUGUUUUCACAGGGAAGGUAGUCAGCGACGAAGGGGUAAAUGCGGAAAGUGCAUCCACAGAAAUGUCUGGCAACGAAUAUUUGGCAAACCUGGACUACAUUGAAGGAGUGGAGAAACUGAAGGAGGGUUAUGAAAGUGAAGCUUACUGCUCUGACCCAGAGGAACAGACCGACAAGAAGACCCUCGUGACAAUGACAACGGGGGCGUUAAAGAAGCACGUGUUCAAAUUGGACUCAAGUUCUAGCAGUGGUGAAGAAAAGGAAGAGACAACCCAACAGACAACCAGGGCGUUAAAGGAGCAUGUGUUCAAAUUGGACUCAAGUUCUAGCAGUGGUGAAGAAAAGGAAGAGACAACCCAACAGACACCCAGGGCGUUAAAGGAGCAUGUGUUCAAAUUGGACUCAAGUUCUAGCAGUGGUGAAGAAAAGGAAGAGACAACCCAACAGAAGUUUGAAACAAAAAUGACACAUGGUAAAAAGGAGAGAAAAGCAAGUGAUGACUAUUCAGAUGAUGAUGAUGAUGACGAUCUGGACGAUGAGGAUUAUAAAAUAAGCUCGGAUGACGAUAUGGGAGGGGAAUGGAAAUACAUGAGCAAUGACUUUAAGAGGAGCUAUACCACACGGAGAAAUGCCAACAUCCCAGAACAAAACGAAGUUCAUAAUAAUGUCCCGACAUCUCCUCAAAUCUCAGAGGAGCAAACAGAGAUGACCGUUUCCAUGGCCAAGAAGAUGAGGAAAGAGGGUCCAGGAGGGCAUAAACUGGGAUUCGCCAAGAAGUCUACACGUGCUUUUGCCAUCAAGUCAAGUCAUAGGAGAGUGAAGCCACAAGCAGUGGCUGAGAAAUGUGUGCAGGAAAAGAAAACGGCACAUGGACGAAAGUGCACUCGAAGCCUGUUUAACGGAGAAAAGGCUUGCUAUCUCAUCGACGCCAGGCACGAGGGAAACCUGGCACGGUUCAUUAACCAUAGCUGCAGUCCCAAUUUGUUUGUCCAAAAUGUUUUUGUGGACACACAUGACCUCCGCUUCCCCUGGGUUGCAUUCUUCACUAGCAAGCGUAUCAGGGCUGGAACAGAGCUGACGUGGGAUUACAGUUAUGAAGUGGGCAGUGUGGAGGGCAAGGUGCUGCUCUGCUGCUGCGGUUCAACAGAAUGCACAGGCCGGUUACUCUGAGUCCUGUUCUGAGACUGUUUGGUUUCUAGAGUCCGUCACACUGGUGUUGUGAUGGACCUAUCGAUUUGUAUCGCACGUUCAGUUUGCGGAGUGUUAACAAUUUAUAAUUUAGGAAGGCUGGUUGUACACUGUAUGCUUUAUCCUGUUCUAUUUUAACCACUUCAAACUAUAAUACAUUUUAAAAUGAAUUUGGAUAUCUUAUUAAUAAAAAGGAUUAAAUGUU